AUGGACGACCAAAUCGCUGAUAUUGCCGAAAUUCCUGUGAGGUUAGAUAUCCAACCUUAUAUGUUUGAGCCGUUACCAAGAGAAAAUCCACAAAAUCAGCAAGAAAACAGCGACGAAAGCGAGGGCGACGAAGGCAACGACGAAGAAACUCGCCUCCAAAAUACAACUUGGUGCGAGUGUGGCUCAUGUGAGGUUAUGAGGACCAGUAUUGAAUGCGUUUGCUGUGCAGAAAUUUCACUCACUCAACAAAUCUGCGAGGACUGCAAUCUAGAAUGCAUCACACAACACCAGACUUUUAUUGACAACUGCCUCAAUGAGAGAGUUUUAGAAGUCAGCUUGUACAACUACAUCCAAACCGAGGGGCCUCUUGAUGACAAUGAGCCAAUAAAUGAAGUCUUUCGCCACAUUGCAUACAGGAGGUUUGUACUCUGGGUCUGGCAUAGGCUUGGUCGAGGCAACCGCAAGGUACUACCCUCAUGUGUCGUCAACAAGAUUCGUGAUAGGUUUUCGUCAAACAGCUACACCGGUUUCAAGUACCCUCAGCCAGUAUGA